AUGGCACUGAUCGAGUGCGCCGAGUCGCUAUCCUCCUCCACCAAGGCGAAACUGCAGGACGCUGGCAUCCUCUACGUUUCGGAGGUUGUCUCCCUUCUCUCUUCGACGGGCUAUCGCGCUGGCGAUGAAGGCGACAGCAAGCCGGCUUCCGCGCUGCGGCACCUCAGCACUGCAUUGAAGCAUCACAUGUCCCCGAGUGACCCCCGAGCCCCGCGCCGACUGAGAAGAGAUGCCGGCGGAGAUGACCGUGGUGCUUUAGGUGGUCAGGCCGAGCCGGCCAGCGUCUCGCGCAGCAUCGAGACGACGGCGCCAUCGACUCUCCGCAAGGACACCGAGGCGUCAAGGUUCCUGAAUCUCACCGAGGACGAGAUGCGCGAAAUUGUCGAGAUGGCGGCACGUGCCACCGCAGGAGCAGAUGGGGAACACAAAGGAGGCAACGAUACUGCUUCCAGCGCGCAAGGGAGCGAUUCCAUUCAUGAUGUGAUGUCAUCUUUGCCUCCUCGCGCACCUGUUUGCUUAUCCCGGUCGGCGGACUCUGCACCCGAGACAUGCGAACGCGCUCACAGGGGUGACAGGCGCUCUGGUGCGAUCCCGGGCUGCCGCACGGUGCGUGAGAUGCACGCAGAAUUCCAGGCCCGUCAAGCGCAGGGCUUUUCGACCCACGUGACAACCUUCUCUGGGGAGCUCGACGGCGUACUUGGAGGUGGCGUUCCCGUUGGCGGCGUCACCGAGAUCAGUGGGCCCCCUGGCGUUGGCAAGACACAGCUGUUGAUGCAGCUAGCAGUUAGCUGUGCCAUGCCAGUAGAGUUCGGAGGGAUGGGUGGCGCGUGCCUUUUCGUUGAUACGGAGGGCAGCUUUGUGGCUGAGCGCUUAGAGCAAAUGGCCACGGCGGCGGUGUCCCUCGUGCGCGCCAUCCUUCUCACGCAGCCGCAGCCGCCACAACACGAGACCACUGUCGCGCCAUCAUCAGACGCGCGACUGUCACAAGAGUCGCCUAAAAAGCGAGGCCGCUCGCCCCCGCUGGAUUCCCGAAAGGCAUCGCGUUCACACGGUCAUUGCACGGACCUGGGUGCCGCACCAGGCAUUCAAGCGGAGUUCACGGUGGAGUCCGUGUUGCAGCGUGUGCACUACAUCCGAGUAACAGACCUUGCAGGACUGCUUGCGCUCCUGCACAGUCUGCCGUCGUGGUUUGAGGAGGAGCGGACUGCCGAGGCGAAGAGUGUUGGCACGAGUGGCACAGCAGACACACCGACGCGUUCUUCAGGGCAGGGUGACAGCUCUGUCAACAGCGCUCGCGCGGCAGUGCAGAUGGUGCUGAUAGACUCGAUCGCGUUGCCGUUCCGCUCCUCAGAGGACUUCCAUAGAGAAGGGCUCAUGAGCAGCACUGGUAGCAGUGGGGACAGCGCCAUGCAUCUUCUCGUCGACACUGGUAGGAGUGCUGCGCACAACAGCCUCUUUUUGCAGUCCCCCAACAGGCUCUUGUCGAAGCACGGACUCUGGCGACGGUCGCGGCUGCUGUUUCAGUGCAGUACGCUGCUGGAGGGACUGGCAGCCACAUUUCAGUUGGCGAUCGUUGUCACCAACCAUAUGACCACCAAGGUGCUGCACGGCACUGCCGCCAACGGCACUGCAAACGGUAGCUCAGCAGAGGAAUCCGGUUGCUCCGCGCCAAACAGCGAGGAGAACGCAGGCCAGCGUCGGCAGAGCGUUCUCGUCCCGGCGCUCGGUGAUGCGUGGGGCCAGGGCCUUUCCACGCGGCUUCUUCUUUCUUUCCAUCACUACGACGUUCCCGCCUGCAGUUUUGCUGAUCGACCCACCUCGCCGUCGGCUGCUACAGAGUGCACGGAGGACGUUGUCUACUCCCUGUCAUCACAGCAGCAGCAGCUGCCGACCUCUCUGCGCAGAGUGGUGCAGCACCGGGUGGUGCGGGUGCUCAAGUGCAGCGGCCAGCCGAGGCGGGAGACGUGCUUCGCCGUGACGUCGAAGGGGAUUCGUGACGCUCGCAGGGACAUGGUGUCACAACGCGUUGCGACGGCUAUUCGUGGCAGAGAACCGCACAAAUAG